AUUGGAACCGCGCAGCGGCUGCCUAACGGAGGGAGCGGCUGUCCUCGGUGCGAAGGUGAGGAAGGAGAAGGCGCUUUGCAGGCGAAGGCCCUGCAAGGGAGGGAGAGAGCAGAAGACACCCCAUGGCGGCCCUGGGGGAGGAGGAGGCAGCCCUGCAGGCGCUGGGGGACGAGGCCACCUGCCCCCUCUGCCUGGACUACUUCAAGCAGCCGGUGGGCCUGGCCUGCGGGCACAACUUCUGUCAUGACUGCCUGGCCCGCCUGGGCAGCGCUGCCUCCUGUCCCCAGUGCCGAGCGAUGGUGGAGCCCAGCAGCACCUGGCCAAACCAGGCCCUGGCCAACAUGGUCCGCCUGGUGAAGAGCCUUCGGCUGUCAGGGGAGAGGGUCGAGGAGGAGAGCAGCCGCCGGCUGUGCCAGGCACACCUGCAGCCCUUGCAGUCCUUCUGCACUGACGAGAAAUGCCUCCUCUGCUGUGGGUGCCUGGGGGGGCACCAGGGCCACAUCCUCCUCUCUCUGCCCGAGGCUGCCCAGCUGUACAAGGGCUCCCUGGAUGCCCUCUUGGAGCCCCUGGAGGAGGAGGCCGAGAAGUUGCUGGAGCGCCGGCAGGCUGAAGAGCGGAGCAGGCUGCAGUGCCAGGAACAGUUUGCCGCCGAGAAGCAGAAGGUCGGCCUGGUCUUCACGGCCCUCUUGGAGACCCUCCGGGAGACGCAGCCCAUCUGGGUGGCGUGGCUGGGAGAGCAGGAGAGGAAGUUGGAGGCAGAACGGGAUGGCACCCUGGCUAAGCUCUCUGGGGAGGCUGCCCGCCUGCAGGAGCUAUUUGCUGAGACAGAGAGGAAAUGCCGCCGGCCAGACUGGGAGUUCUUGCAGGACAUCCGGGACACCGUUGACAGGUGCGAGAGCUACGUCGUGGGGCACAUAACGAGUGUCUCCCCCAAGCUGCAAGACAGACUUGGGACCAUCUUGGAGAAAAAUGGUGCUCUACGGCAGAGGGUGGAAAAGUAUAAUGGUGCGAGGUCCUUUGGGGAGGGGGUGGGUCUAGGGCCAUCUCCGGGGGGAGCCUCAAGAGUCUGGGGUGGUGGUGGUCUGGGCCCAACUUCUUUCUUCCUUCCUCUGGGGAAACUCGGGGGAGCCAGCCUGGAGUCCAUCCUGCUCAGGCAGACCUCUGUUCUCUGGCUGGGUGAUGGGGGGCUGCAUCCUGCCCCCCAUCUGAUACCCCCAGGACCAUGGCACUUGGAGUCCCUGCUCUUCCUUGCAGGGACUGAGACGCUGUUCCAGCUUCUCAUCUUGGUCACGUUUCCUCCCCUGAACCACAGCAUCUCUGAAGACAGCUCUGACCACAAAGAACUUAGAGCAACUUCUGGCCAAAGGUUGGACCAAUUCCUGGGGCUGGUGGGGCGGGAGGGAGGCAGUGGACACCCCCCUUCCCAGAAGCCCAGGAGAGUUUGCAAACCACCGGUGCCUGUGAGGCCCCAGAGUGCUGCUUCCCAGGAGCCAAGGGGAGGGCCACUCACGCUCCGCCACAGGAGUGGGUGGGUGCCAGCUGGGAAUGAUGAGAUCUGUGGUGUGCCACCUUGGUCUGCAUCAAAGCGGGUCAGCGAGGCAAUGCUAACUAUCAGCCGCCUCUGUUUCCUCCAGCAGCUGUGUGGGUGGGUUGCCCACGUCCAUACAACUCAGCAGAUCCUUUCCCUACCUUUGAAGGUGGUGUGAAAGGGUCUAGGGUUGUCGCUCCCUAAAAGGUGAUGUUUUUCUACAAGAAUCAUGGUGAAAAAUUUGGGGAGUCCAAAUGGAGUGGGUGCCACAGCAAACAGAGGUGGGGAGCCCCCCCCCUUUUCUGUCCAUUUCACUACCAUGACUGGGGGGGUGAAAA